CAGUAAUAUUACACACUGACGAAAAGGCGACAUUUAGACCGCAGGACGGAUGUCAAUAAUUUACAACCUGCAAUUCACAAUUAACAACAACAACAAAAAAACUUUCUCUGGAGGUCAUUAUGCUUUUCCUCAAGUUUCCUGUGAACUGGGGCGUACGCAGAUUAACAGUUCACUACACAUUACCUGCAGAAUUUAUGUAACACACAAACUGGAUGCGAUCUGCAAGUUUUGCCUCGUUAUUUUGCGUAUUAACAGCGAUAACAGCGUGUGCUGCACUGUGCCGCUCCGAGGGUCUUGAGUGCGCUCUGCGCUCCAUGGUACUUUGACUGGUUUUGAAUGGCAUCGACUGACGUCACGCAACGAAAGGCGCUGCACAAGCGAGACUGUUUAAAACUGUGAGGUAUUUAGGGAUGAAAGUCAGAGAAUAGGGUUGGGGGCACACGUUGUCCAGACUGUCCAUGCGUGCAAACAACGGGAAACCGACACUUGCCGUCAAUCUUUGGGAAAGAGACUUUGACUACGUUCUGCGCUGAUACGCCGCUACAACUGGGAAACUUUGUUAAUUCACGCCGCUCCAUUGAAAAAGACCCCGGAGACGAUGUGUGCAUUCAAGCUUCUGGUCGCACUUAUGGUGGUGGUCGUGGAGUGUGGGGCAUUGUCGAAGGCAGGGGUUCGUCCCAGCGACUGCCCCGACCGCUGUCACUGCGAGGAGGACGGCAUGCUUCAGCGUGUUGAUUGCUCGGACCUUGGGCUCACAGCAAUCCCAGCCAACCUGAGCGUCUUUACCUCUUAUCUUGAUCUCAGCAUGAACAACAUAACCUUGCUGUCCAGCAGUGCAUUGUCCAAUCUCCACUUCCUUGAAGAACUGCGUCUGGCAGGGAAUGACUUGACAUACAUUCCCAAAGGAGCAUUUGCAGGCCUCUUCAAUCUCAAAGUUCUAAUGCUCCAAAACAACCAACUCCAGCAGGUCCCCAGUGAGGCCUUUCAGAAUCUACGCAACCUCCAGUCCCUGCGUUUGGAUGCCAAUCACAUUGCAAAUGUGCCCCGGGGCUGCUUUGAUGGACUGACCUCGCUCCGCCACCUGUGGCUGGAUGACAAUGGUCUGACUGAAGUGCCUGUGGAUGCCCUGGGUGCCCUGUCAUCCCUACAGGCCAUGACUCUCGCCCUCAACAAGAUCGUCUACAUCCCUGACCGAGCCUUUGCCAACCUUUCCAGCCUGGUGGUCUUGCAUCUCAAUAACAAUAGAAUCCUCUCCCUGGGAACGCAGUGCUUCUACGGACUCCAGAGCCUGGAAACUCUAGAUUUGAAUUACAACAAUCUGGAAGAGUUCCCUGUCGCAAUCAAAACCCUGACAAACCUCAAGGAGCUGGGCUUUCACAGCAACAACAUCAAGUCCAUCCCCGAACAUGCUUUCAUUGGAAAUCCUUCUCUACUUACAAUAUUCUUCUACGACAACCCCAUUCAGUUUGUUGGCAGGUCUGCCUUUCAGCACCUGCCAGAGCUAAGAACACUAUCACUUAAUGGAGCAGCAGAAAUCACGGAGUUUCCAGACCUCACUGGCACCAGAAGCCUGGAGAGUCUUACUAUCACUGGAGCUCGAAUAACCUCCCUACCCAGCAAUGUGUGUGAACAGUUACCCAACCUGCAAGUGCUAGAUCUUUCCUACAAUCGGAUCCAGGCUCUUCCUAGUCUCCAAGGUUGUGAGAAGAUUCAGAAAAUCGAUCUACAUCACAAUGAGAUACAGGAACUGCGGGCAGACACUUUCCAGGGUCUAACAUCCCUGCGUUCCCUUGACCUUGCCUGGAACAAGCUGUGUGCUGUAGACCCUCAGUCUUUCUUUGGACUACCUGCACUAACCAAGCUGGAUCUCACGUCUAAUCAGCUCUCCUCCUUACCUGUUACGGGACUACAUGGGCUGACUCACUUGAAGCUGUCUGGAAAUGAGGCUUUGCAGGAGCUUCUGACUCUGGACAGCUUCCCCAAACUGAGGGUCAUGGAAAUGCCCUAUGCCUUCCAGUGCUGUGCCUUCACGUCUUGUGAGAAACCUCCCACCCCCUGGGACAGAGAAGAGAACAGCAGUGAUGAUUUUGGAAGGAAAGAGAUCGUGGUGCCCAACCCAGGAGACAAUGAGCUGGAAGAUUUUCUGCUGGAUUUAGAGGAUGAGCCAAAAUCUCACCAUUCUGUCCAGUGUUCUCCCACACCAGGUCCAUUCCGUCCCUGUGUCCAUCUGUUUGGAAGCUGGCUCAUCCGCGGGGGAGUUUGGAUCAUUGCCAUGCUCUCGUUAGUUUGUAAUGCGCUGGUAAUGGUGUCCAUCUUCCUGUCUCCUACAUUUCUGUCACCUGCUAAACUACUGGUGGGGCUUCUUGCCUUGGUCAACAGUCUGAUGGGGCUAUGGAGUGGUGCAUUAGCUGUGGUGGAUGCCGUUACCUUUGGUAAUUUUGCCAGCUACGGUGCCCACUGGGAGAGCAGCGCAGGUUGUAAGCUCACUGGUUUUGUCUCUGUGUUUGCAUCGGAGACAAGCAUUUUCCUGUUGACCAUUGCUGCCCUUGAACGUGGUCUGUCAGUCCGCAGCGGAAAAUCAGCAGUGGAGGGCAAAGCAACGAUAGUAACUGUUAAGCUUGCGGCAACUCUCUGUUUCGCCUUGGGCCUGGCCAUUACCACACUACCUCUCCUGCACGUGGGUGAAUAUGGCAUCUCCUCACUCUGCCUGCCUCUGCCCCUUGGAGAGCCCUCCAGUUUGGGUUUCAUGGUUGCUCUGGUGUUGAUCAACUCCUUGUGCUACCUCAUCAUGACAGUCACCUACACACGGCUUUACUGCAGCCUGGAGAAGGGUGAACCAGACAACCUGUGGGAUUGUUCCAUGAUCCGCCAUGUGGCUUGGCUUCUCUUUGCCAACUGUGUCCUCUACUUCCCUGUGGCCUUCCUCUCCUUCUCUGCCCUGCUCAAGCUGCCAGCUGUGGGUCCAGAUGUGGUGAAAUCAGUGCUGCUAGUUGUGGUGCCCCUACCAGCCUGCCUCAACCCCCUCCUAUAUGUUCUUUUCAAUCCCCACUUCAAAGAGGACCUGGGUCUACUUCUUAAGCGGACUCAUGGAGUUCUCCAGAGUGCCCGGCGCCUCAGCCUGGUGUCUCUCAACUCCGAGGAUGCAGAAAAGCAGUCUUGUGACUCCACACAGGCCCUGGUUACCUUCACAUCAUCUGAAGAGUCAAGUGGCAAAACACCAGCAUCACUGACACAGAGUACAGAAGCUCACCGUCCUCCAGUGCCCUUCAUCCCUUGCCGUUAAGCCAUGCUUUUCAUAUCAAGACCAAGGUACUUGAUACAAAUGGACUCACCACACCCAACAUCAGAUCACCAUCCUGACAAACAAGGAGUGACUGUGAGAGUGCAGUGCCUGUGACGAGACAGAAGAGUUCAUGCCAUGACAGGAAUUAACCAGUCUCACUUCCUUUGAUUUAUAAUAAUAAUAAUAAAAAAAACUCUUGUAGAGAAUCCUUUAUUCUGCUAUGAGCUCUUUAGUUGCUAUGUGUGUACUUAACUUUGUAAGUGCAUCUGAUUAAAACCAUCAUUUUGCUUCUGGAGAUGUGGAGUCCAUAGCAUGUUCAGUACAUUUACAUUUACAUUUACAUUUAGUCUUCUGGUAGAAGCUUUCGGCCAAAGCAACUUACAAAACAGUAUAGCAAAUAGGCUUAAAUCAGCACAUCUCAGUACACACAACUAGUGCCAAGAGCCACUCCAAGGACAGUGUAUGGUUUUAGUGCUUUAUUGAGUCCAUUUUUUAUACUAAUUAAAACCAUCAUGUCGUCUUUGGAGAUGCAAAGUCAUACCAUGUUCAGUAGUGGGCACACUGGGCCUUUGCCCUUUAUGGAGGUACUUGCACUCACAUAUCUGUGCCCAGGAGGAAUUCUGAUUACUUUACUUUCAUUUCAAAAUGUUACCAUCCAGUUCAAAUGGGAAUCUUUUCUCAUUUGCAUUUUUAAAGUAGCCAUACCAGUUAAAACACGGAAAAUAUAUUUCCUGAAGAAGAGAACACAUCUUUCAGUCUUCCACGUGUUGUUCAAACAAUUACAUGAAAUUCGUCACGGCAUUAUCUGUCUGCCAGGAAUUAGGUUAUAACUUUGUCUCUAAAUUGUCAAUCUGAAAUAUGGGACAAAUGGCAUUUCUUUAAAGUGUGUGUGUGUGUGUGUGUGUGUGUGUUUGUGGCAUACGCAUAUGUGAGUGUUUCUUUGUGUAUGUGUUGUUUGCUUUGAGUCAGUAUGCUUUUAGCUAUACUUGUGUAAAUAUACUGUGACAAUCCAGUUUUAUUGUGUUGAAUAUGAUUUGAACAAAAUCACGUUGUGUAAUUUUAAUUUCUACUCUCAUGUUAGUUUAUGUGUUUGGCCUUUUAUUUUCCUAUUUUGACUCGUCUUUUGUUUUCAAGCUGCAUAUUGGUGUCAAAUGUUCAAUUCCCAUUGUUUGUACAGAUUUUUUUGGAACUGUCUUUUCUGUCAUUACCAAGAUUAUCUAACAAAACCAACUAACAUAGCAACACUGUAAUAAGCUAAAUGGUUAAGGAAUACUGUGUGCCUCUCACAAAUAAUGAAUUAGUACUUUGCUUUAAUUCAGUCUUAAUGCAGGUCCUGGAGGCCCGAAGGAGAAACUUCUGUAGUAAUUAUGUGUCCCUCCUCCUUCUCUGGCCUAAGGGAGAAUAGGAAUGCCUUGUGUUCCUGGCCUUUGUUCUGUGGCCAGGCUUAGCAGCAGGGUGUCAACCUGGACAGAGGUAUCAAGUGGCUUAGUCACUGGCUCUCCAGGACCAAACCCUGUCCAAGCACCCAGAUCACUCAUGAAAUGAAAUAUCCCUCAGACAAGAUGCAGCCCAGGCAGCAGAUGUUUGGUUCUUGCUCCGUUUAUACACUCCUUAGUCUGUUCCUCUGUCUGUUUUUUGACAGACACACCAAACUGGUAAUGUGAAACAUCAGAUGGUUUUUACUAAAAAAAAAAAAAAAAAAGCUCCUUUAAACUGAAGAAUUUUUAAAGAGUCUCCUGAUGACUCCUGAGGAUCAUCUGGGUUCAGCUGAUCCUAUUGCACCCUUCUUUCUCAAACCGCCCCUCCAGGAGCAUUACAUCAUGUCUCAUUGUCUCUCCAGUUCCUCAUCCUUCAUUCUUCCUUACGUCACGUGCUGAUUUAGUGGAACAUCCACAAGUUUUAAUGCAGAAAUUGGUUAAUUCUUUAUUUUAAGGUCAGCAGCAUUUCCAGUGCUUGUAAAAAUGACAGAGAUGCCACAUGCUCAAUGUAAUUUUCUUUAAUGUAAUCUUCACCAAUCGGCUGUAAUUAUAUAUCUUGAACAAAACGUAAAUUGGUACUUUAAAAAGACUGAUUUGCUAGCUGUACAAAAUCUGUAGAUCCCUGGCGCGUCAUCAAGUAGAAAAAAGUUUCCAUGUUCUUAGCUAUCCUCAUUUAAACCUUCUAAGGAAGGAAGACUGAUAAAAUGGACUGCAAUUAACCUGCCUUUGGCUGUUCCGCAAUUUGAAAUGCAGAUGAUGUCGCGCUGGGGCAUCCUUGUCUCGAGGUCCUUCCGAGGUGUGUGCUGUUAUUAAAGCCAGAAACAGAUCGAUGACAACAUUUGGGGCUCUGACUUGCUCUGAAAGAGUCUCAGUCUCAUGAUGGAUUGAAAUCUUAUCCAUCUUAUCUGUUUCUGAAUCCAAAACCAUAAUAGCAUGUUUGCUAUCAUGCAUAUUUGAUUGCUCUGUCAUCCCGUGUUACCCUCGGUUGCGAACUGUAAAAUCCCUAAGUUUAGCCAUAGAUCCUACUCUAUCAUUUCCCUUUCAUAGUUUAAUUGCUCCAUACUUUAUGGUGCUUUAUGUCCUCAUUGCUAAUUAAAUGAAGAUAUGGAGCACUCAAUCCUACAAACUGCUGUUUUCAUGUCAGCUUUGCCUGACUGUAGUGUCAGCUUUGUCUGAUUUUCCACAUGUCUUCCUCUUUAUCUUGUAAUCUAAAUACUGAAUUUGAAUGCAAAGCUAUUUUUGAACUCUUAAAUACGAGAAAUGUAUAAAUCUAGAAUAGUAUUUAUAACUGAAAGUGUAAAGUGUUAAAGAAAAGAGAUGGUCUGGAUGGGAACUGAGGCCUGGCACAUGCUGCAGAUUGUGAGUAGGUCAUUGCUCACAUUUUGCCUCUCUGUAGCAAUGCUGCUGCUUGGACAUUUACUGUUGCUGUGAAUAGAAUGCCCCUCGUGUUUUUAUACCAGAGUGUUAAAAUCCAUGUAAUUUGUAAUAAACAAUUUCAACAAA